CACAGUUUAAAACGAGAUCUCAGUCGUCGUUUAUACUUCAUGUAAAAUUGAUCAAUAUUGUUUUUUUAUGCGUUCAAUUCACUUUGUGCAAACAUUCAAAGCAUAGAAAUCAAUGCAGGGAACUAUGAUUGCAUAUAUUCAAACACAAGUCAACCGUGGGGCGAAGUUAAUGGUUUUAAACCUACUUAACACGUACAUUCGAAACGGUAUUUGAACAUUUAGUUCAAAUUUAGAGGAAUUUGAAAGCACUAACUAAAACAGUCUGAAUUAAUACAAAAUAAUGCCAUGUCCUCUUUUACAGAGAAGAUACAAAACGAGAUGGAAGUAUGUGUAUUACAUUAUCUUAUCGAUUACCAUAACAGUUCUAGUGACAAUGUACUAUAUGGAUAACGACAAAUCUCUCUGGCCAAUUCCUCACUAUGGACUAUUAUCCAACACAUAUCAACCGUAUGUGAACAUAUUUCCAGACCGACAGUUCGGACCCGAUAAAACAAAUAAAGUUAUACUGCUAUGGACUAAGUACUUUGAAACAUACGAAUGGUUUCAUACAAUACCAUUACAUACACAACACUGUCCGAAGCAAUGUAUCAUUACAAAGAAUAUAGAAGAUUUAUCACAAAGCGAUGCAGUGCUAUUUCAUUUUACAGACAAAGAUUUGUUUCUGAACGAUUUACCUACUAACAGACUUCUUUCCCAGGUGUGGGCUUUAUUCAUAAAUGAACCUAAUGUUUUUGUGCAAGAGAGUUUCACACCAUGGGCAAACGUAUUUAACUGGACUAUUUCAUACAGGAGACAUUCUACUGUGUUUUCACCAUACGGGAUGUAUGAACCAAUUCCGAAUGAACUACUUCCGAAUGUCUCGCGUAUCAAUCCAACAAUAUACCCAGCACAACACAGAGACAAGAUGGCUUACACAUUUGUAAGCCGUUGUGCCGAUGAUGCCGAGCGUUACAGACUAAUCAAUGAACUAAGUCAGCACAUCAAUGUCGAUUAUUACGGUGAAUGUGGGAAUUUGAAAUGUGAAAUAAAACAUAAUUCAUGCUUACCUCCGAACACUUUGAGACGAUACAGAUUUCGUCUGGCUUUUGAAGAUAGUAAUUGUAGAGAUUAUGUUACAGAGAAAUACUGGGAUACUAUUUCUAAAGGAAUCAUUCCAGUAGUCAAUUGGAAAACAGCUCAACGACAUGUACCUGUCCCUCCUCAUUCAUAUAUUAAUGUUUAUGAUUUUCCAAAUAUAAAAAGUCUCGCCGAAUAUCUUACUCAAGUUAGUCGGAAUAGUACGUUAUUUCAUAGUUAUUUUAAAUGGAGAGACCAUUUUAAGAUUUAUACCUCGUUUUGGAAUAGUUUUUGUAACUUUUGCACCGCUCUCUACGACAAAAGUAUACCAGCUAAAGUGUAUACGGAUCUAGAGGGAUGGCUGAGGGAUGAUUACUGCCAACGAUUUACAUACCAGAAUCAAUAUAGGAGGUUAAUCAAGAGAUUUUUGUUUGACGGGAAUCUUGUUGAUUUGCGAAUAUUUAAUUAGACAAUUACUCUGCGGAGGGAUGGAUUGGUAAAUUUCAAUUAUUAGUGCUAUAUCAUACAACAUGUUCAAACGUAACCUGAAUUCAUUAUUCUACAACUCAAUCAUACUACAGACCUGUCGAACACUGCUACAUGCGAUAACGUAAAAUAAAUUUUUUGCUAUACAACUCAAUCAUAUUACAUACUUGUUGAAUAUUGCCACACGUAAAAACCCAAAAAUAGAUUCUAAAACUAAA